ACCUUGCCCCGCAAGGCUUAAACAUCGGAUAAAACCCGAGAAGCUCAUCGAAGACCUGCAGAGCCCCCGAACUAACUGGUACUACCGCUCGCAUUUAUUAGGGACUGUUUACAGCGUAGCUCCUGGAGACCGUUAGGGACGCCGAUUAAGUAAAUUAGACUUUCAAAAAGUUCCCGCAGAUUCAGGUUACUUAGUGGCGAGGAAGUCAGGAAUAGGAAGCACUGUCGAAGGAGAAAAAAUCACAAAAAUUAAUUCUCGAGGGAUUUUAGAAUUAUUGAGUAAUAUCGGCUUUCUUGCUCUCACGUUCCCCUCGUUGUAACGAAUCGGCGUCGUAGGCUCUAAGGGCUGUUUGACACCGCCGCUCCCACGUGUUCUCUGGCCUCCAGCGGCUGCGGCACCCGGCGUGACCCCGACCCUCCGCCCCCGGACUCGACUGGCAGCGCAGCCCCCCACUCUCGCACUGUUUUCGGAAGCGGGAGCCUGUGCUUAAAUAAGAAAUCGGGCCUCACUGGAGACAUUCAAGCAAAAGUUGGACUACUUUUCCAGAACAGAAAGGAAACUCAUGCAUCAGAAAAGGUGACUAAUAAGCACACUGAAGGAGUAUGGCCGCUCAAAUGCCAGAGUCUGACCAGAUAAAGCAGUUUAAAGAAUUUCUUGGAACCUACAAUAAACUUACAGAAACCUGCUUUUUGGACUGUGUUAAAGACUUCACAACAAGAGAAGUAAAGCCUGAAGAGACCACCUGUUCAGAACAUUGCUUACAGAAAUAUUUGAAAAUGACACAAAGAAUAUCCAUGAGAUUUCAGGAAUAUCAUAUUCAGCAGAAUGAAGCCCUGGCAGCCAAAGCAGGACUCCUUGGCCAGCCACGAUAGGAAGUCCUGAUGGAUGGACUUUCCCUGAAAGAUUGCCAAUAGCUUUGCACUGGAAAUGAGGAUUCAUCUGAUAGAAUCCCCUGAACGCAGUAGCCACCAUGUGAACCAUCUGUCAUGACUGUUUGGCAAAUGGAAACCACUGGAGAAACAAAAUUGCUAUUUACCAGGAUAAUCAAAAUCGAAGGUCUGAUUGUUCAAUGAAAAUAGUAAGAUGCAACAUUUGUUGAGGCCCUUACGAUUCGGGAGCUUAGUCACUUGAUUAGAAAAAUAAACCAUUGUUUCUCCAAUUGUGACUAUUAAUUUUAAAGCAAAAUAUGUGUUCAAUCAUGAAUGAAAUAGAAAAUUUUUUUUAUUUCUACAAGUAAAGUAAAUGGAAAUAUCACUGAGCAGUUGUUUAUGCUAUAUAGUAACAGUAUUCUGACUGGACUGUGGAUACGUUGAAAUGUUUUUCAAUCAGGAUCAUCCUCCAAGUGUUCCUGUUCAUUCAUGUCUGCCUCAAAUUGCUGGUAAAUACAUAAAAUAGUUACUUGCUAAUCAUUUCAAUGCACGAUCCUUUUCUUGCCUCCCUUGUGUCAGGGUGGGCAUCACACAUUCUUAUUCUAGCUACAUUUUCAUAUAUCUUCAGGAAACAACCUAUCUGAGAUUAGCUUGGGAAUGUUUAAGAAUUGACUGUUAUGCUCUAGUGGAGUGUGUGUUGUGUUCAAAAGCUGAGUCUAUCAUGAAUGACUCCUGAGUCAGAUCAACAAAACAGUGUCUUCUCAGCCAUGACAUGUGAUCAGUGUACUAAAAAGUGAACCAAAGUUAGUGUCUUAUGGCUAAAUGAAUCCUAAAAUGAAAUUCUAGUUGAUGCAUAGGCAUACCAAGCAGUUUAAUGAAUGUCGGUGGACUAAUACCUAUAAUAAUUCGCUUACAAACAGAUUUCAUUUGAUAUCAGUCUCAAGUUGUACUUUAAAAAACACUAAUUAGCCUCUAUGUUUCGAUUUACCAAAGUGAUAUCUAUGCUUUAUCAAACUAAUGGAAAGUAGAAGUGUUCUACUUUGAUAAUUUACUGUUUUCUAUGUUACAUCUAAUUUUUAAGUCAUUAGGUCAUUUAAAUAACAAUACUACUUAAUUUAAAGGCCUCUGUUGACAUUACAGUCGCUCAAUAAUUGUGAUAUCUUUGAAAGUAUAAAGACAAAUAAAAUGUUAACAAUGCUAUCUUUAAAUCGAAA